AUGGUUUCAUGGGACAAUGUUUGUUUGCCUAAACAGAAAGGAGGUUUGGGUAUUCCUUCUAUAGCUGCAAUACAACAUGCUUUUAACUGUUCUGUUAUCCAACGUAUGUAUAAUUGUCCUUCGCCUCUAUCCACUUGGUCAUCUGCUCAAUACAUCUCUCCUUGGAAACCCACUACUCAUAAAGACAGUAAAUUCUGGAUAAAUGUCUGUAAAACUGCUGCUAGUAUAAAGAGGAAAUUCAAAUUUGUGAUUACUCCUAAUGCACGCAUUUCUGUGCGUUGGGAUCACUGGUGCUGUAAUAUUACCCUGACGGAAUAUGUGGGUGGUAUUUCCCUGGAUUGUUUCAUUUUUCCUUAUCUGAAGAAUUACAUAUUCAAUAAAAACUGGGUUUUUAACAUCAAUAUUCCUCAGAUUUUGAAAAAUGCUGUUAGCAAUUUUAAAAUUCUGGAGAGUGAGGGCUCUUGUUUGCUUUGGAAGGACUGUGCUCACCCUAAAUUUAGAGACUAUAUCAAGGACUUUUACUCUGAUUUACCUGAUAAUAAUUGGCACAAUUUUGUCUGGCACAAAAAAGGUAUGAUUAAGCAUUCGGUUUAUGUGUGGCUUGCUUUGGUUGGGGGUUUGAAAACUCAAGAUGCCUUAAGGUUGAGAAACAUAAAUGUUUCGGUGAAUUGCUCUUUGUGUUACUCUGCUCCUGAAACUAUUAAUCAUAUCUUCUUUGAUUGCCCUUACUCCUUUACUAUUCUCAGCUCUAUCAUACCUGGUAGUAUGAAUUUUCUGUUACGGCCUACUAUUUUGCAAUUAUUCCACUGGAUGGAGACUGAAUUUUCUGGAAACACAUUGAAUUUCUACUUAUUGACGGUUUGCACUUUAAUCUAUCAUAUCUGGAGGGAGAGGAAUAAUCGGAGAUUUGGCAGUGAUGUUCGAAGUGCCUCUUCUCUUAAGUAUUUUGUGAAAAAAGUGGUUUUUAGCAGAGCUUGUAAAUGGAGAAAUUUUGAUGAGCUGUUGGAGAACUUCUAA